CCUUAGGCCUAGGGAUUGUGGACUUGUCCCAUUGUUUGCUAGAUAUUUGCCGAGGGAGUCAGUGACAACGUGAACCACGACUGGAGCGAGUUUGCUGGAAGGCUGGAGAAGGCAGAAGGAGAUGGAGGCUGGAGAGGAAAUGGAGCGAGUCCUGAAAAAAAGGCAAGUCCUGCUGUUCUUUGUUUUGCUGGGCAUAGCUCAGACUGGGUCCACCCUUAGGCGCUACUCAGUGGAGGAGGAAGCCGAGAAUGGCUUUUCGGUGGCCAAUUUGUUAAAGGACCUGGGGCUAGAGGUAGAGGAACUGGCUGCGCGGGGACCACGAGUCAUUUCCAAAGGGAAAAAACUGAACUUAGAGUUCAAUAGGCAGACGGGGGAUUUGUUGUUACAGGAGAAACUGGACCGGGAGGAGCUGUGCGGCCCCGCCGAACCCUGUGUGGUACCUUUCCAGGUGUUAUUGGGAAAUCCUUUGCAGAUUUUUCAGGCUGAGCUACAGGUUAGGGACAUAAAUGAUCAUUCUCCCAUUUUCUUGGACAAAGAAAUAAUUCUGAAAAUUUCAGAAAUGACUGCUUCUGGAACCACUUUCCUAAUAGAACGGGCUCAAGACUUAGAUGUAGGAAGCAACGGUCUCCAAACUUACACAAUCAGCCCCAAUUUCUAUUUUAAUCUUAAAUUGCAAGACAGUCCCGAUGGCACGGUAUUGCCACAGCUGGUUCUGGACAAAGUGCUGGAUCGGGAGGAGCAAUCUGAAAUUAGAUUAAUACUCACAGCGAUAGAUGGUGGGAGUCCACCCAGGUCUGGCACUGCCCUGGUCCUUGUUGAAGUCUUGGACAUCAAUGACAACGCCCCUACAUUUUCAAAGUUUCGCUAUGAGGUUCAGGUCCCAGAGAACAGUCCUGUUGGAUUCCAGGUUGCUACUGUCUUUGCUAGGGAUUUAGACAUUGGGGACAAUGGACAAAUAGCUUAUUCUCUUUCCCAAGCUUCUGAAGACAUUCGGAAAACAUUUCGUAUGAAUGCAACAACUGGAGAAAUCCUUUUAGCAAAGACACUGGAUUUCGAAUCCAUCCAGACAUAUACAGUAUAUGUUCAGGCUACAGAUGGUGGGGGCCUUUCUGGAAGCAGUGUGGUGAUUGUCCAAGUGAUGGACUUGAAUGACAACCCACCGGAACUGACUGUGAACACAGUUACCAAUCACAUCCCAGAAAACUCCCCGGAAACCGUAAUUGCUGUGUUCAGUGUUGCAGAUCCUGACUCUGGAGACAAUGGAAAAAUGGUGUGCUCCAUCCCAGAGGAUCUUCCUUUUAUUCUAAAACCCUCAGUUGAGAACUUUUACACUCUUAUGACAAAUACAGCCCUGGAUCGGGAGACCAAAUCACAGUACAACAUCACCAUCACCAUCACUGACCUGGGCACACCCAGACUCACAACCCAGCACACCAUAACAGUAGAGGUCCAUGAUGUCAACGACAACGCCCCCGCCUUCACACAAAGCUCCUACACCCUGUUUGUCCAAGAGAACAACAGUCCCGCCCUGCACAUAGGCACCAUCAGCGCCACAGACUCAGACUCGGGCUCCAAUGCCCACAUCACCUACUCGCUGCUGCCCACCCACGACCCGCAGCUGCCCCUCUUCUCCAUCAAUGCUGACAACGGACAGCUGUUCGCGCUCAGGGCGCUGGACUACGAGGCCCUGCAGAGCUUCGAGUUCCGCGUGGGUGCCACAGACCAAGGCUCGCCCCCGCUCAGCAGCCAGGCGCUGGUGCGCGUCCACGUGCUGGACGCCAACGACAAUGCGCCCUUCGUGCUCUACCCGCUGCAGAAUGCCUCUGCGUCCUACACAGAGCUGCUGCCCAGGGCGGCGGAGCCAGGCUACCUUGUCACCAAGGUAGUGGCUGUGGACCGGGACUCUGGCCAGAAUGCCUGGCUGUCAUUCCAGCUGCUCAAGGUUACAGAGCCAGGACUGUUCAGCGUGUGGGCUCACAAUGGCGAGGUGCGCACCUCCAGGCUGCUGAGUGAGCGCGAUGCUCCCAAGCACAGGCUGCUGCUGCUGGUCAAGGACAAUGGCGAUCCUCCGCGGUCUGCCAGUGUCACUCUGCACGUGCUGGUGGUGGAUGGCUUCUCUCAGCCCUACCUGCCUCUGCCUGAGGCGGCGCGCGACUCCGCUCAGGAUGAGGAUGCACUCACGCUGUACCUGGUCAUCGCCUUGGCGUCUGUGUCUUCGCUCUUUCUCUUGUCUAUGCUGCUGUUGGUGGGGGUGAGGUUGUGCAGGAGAGCCAGGGCGGCUUCUCUGGGUGGCUUCUCUGUUCCUGAGGGACACUUUCCUGGUCACCUGGUGGAUGUCAGCGGUACAGGGACCCUGUCCCAGAGAUACCAGUAUGAGGUGUGUUUGACCGGGGACUCUGGAACCACAGAUUUCAAAUUUCUGAAGCCUAUUUUCCCCAACUUUCUUCUUCAGAGUUCAGAGAGAGAGGAUGACGCAAACACCAAUUACAGGAAUAGUUUUGAAAUCAGCUAGAUACUAAUGAGGAAA